GCACUAGUUUCAGACAAUUGCCGAGAUCGAGAUGGAGAAACCCUCGAAGAAGAACAUGUUACUCCAUCUAUUUGUAUUUUUAUCUUCAAUCACAUUGCCUUGUUUUGGAAGCUUACACCAUGUGUUACACCACUAUGAAGGAAUUCACAGUUCCAGUGUUAGGCAUCACUAUGCAAAAAGGAGCACAGAUGAGUUGGACAUUGGAGUCAGGAGGAUGUCAUUACAAAUGCUUGGCAGAGAUUUCAACAUGGAGCUGACCAAGCGACAGGGUCUUUUUACCUCUGACUUUUCAGUGUAUGCAGUAGGGCAAGAUGGUUUGGAGAGGCCUCAUUCUCUAGAUUUAGACUCAUAUUAUAUGGGUUAUCUGGAAGAUGAUCCUGAUAGUGUGGUAAAAAUGCACUUAGAAGGAGAUGACAUCACAGCUAGAAUUUACACAAGAGAGGAGCAAUAUACAAUUGAGCCAUCUUGGAGACACAUAAAAGAACCACACAACUUCAGCAUGAUAGCAUACCGCAGCUCAGAUGUCAAGCAAAAUACAACGUCUUCAUUUUGUCCACAUGGACAUCACUUGCCAGAAGGCCUCAAGUACGAAAAGACCGAAGAACAGCUCAAUGGACACAACUCAGCGCAUAAAUAUAAGUCAUCAUCGUCGUCAUCACACUCUCGUCAGAAGAGAGCGCCCCCUCGUUAUCAUGUCUGUCCAUUGCUUCUGACGGCCGAUUACAGAUUCUAUCAAUCCAUGGGACAGAGUAACAUGCAAAUAUCAAUGAAUUACUUGGUAAGCCUUGUUGAUAGAGUUGACGUCCUCUACAAGGCAACUGAAUGGGAACCAGGGUAUUCCGGCUUUCAGUUCCAAAUAAAAAAGAUUGUCAUCCAUCAACAUCCUUCGCCGUCCUCGUCAGAUAACUACAAUGUUGAACGAGACGGCAAGCCAUGGGGAGUACAGGAACUCUUGGAGGUUUACAGUAAGGAAGAUCACAGCGCCUUCUGCUUGGCUCAUCUAUUCACCUAUCAAGAUUUCUCCAACGGUGUGCUUGGUCUUGCCUACAUAGGCACACCAAGAAGCAAUGCUGUAGGUGGUAUAUGUACUUCAGUGUAUUAUGCCGGCAAUGGCAAGCGACAAUACCUGAACACUGGUCUGACAACAACCGUCAAUUGGGGACGGCGUGUGUUGACAGAAGAGGCAGAUUUAGUUACUGCACAUGAGUUGGGUCACAAUUUUGGCAGUGAGCAUGAUCCGGGUGAUGAGGGCGAUGAAUGCGCCCCUGGUAAUUCUCAGGGUGGCAACUUCCUCAUGUACCCUGCAUCCGUCACUGGUUCUUACGAAAACAACAGGAAAUUCUCCAUUUGUAGUAAGAGGCUUAUUUCACCAGUGCUGAGGGAGAAAUCUGCAAGAUGUUUUGUAGAGCCAUCUCAGACAUCACUGUGCGGGAAUUACCGUUUAGAACAAGGAGAACAGUGUGAUGUAGGCAUAGUAGAUAGCAACAACCCUGAUCCAUGCUGUACAGCUAAUUGCAGGCUAAAACCAGGAAAAAUUUGCAGUGACAAGAACUCUGUAUGCUGUGAGAACUGCUAUUAUGCCCCUGUGACAAAAGUGUGCAGUGAUGCCACGGAACAGAAUGCGUACUGCAAAGGCAAGUCUUACUGCACAUCAAGGGAUAUUCGAUGUCCACUACCAAACGAUCUUAGAGAUGGAACCAGAUGCAUUGAUAAUGGUACAUGUAUUGGAGGUGAAUGCAGGGCAUUCUGUGAGGUCAAUGGUUUCAGGUCCUGUAUCUGCUCUUCAUUGGAGCUCUCUUGUUACUUCUGCUGUGUGUUUGAGCCAAACGGGGCAUGCUUGCCCUUCAAGGACCGCUACACUGAUCUGCCUGUACCUGUCCCAGAUGGCAAACCAUGCGAAGCGGGCAGCUGCAUUCAGGGCCUUUGUGAGAGUCAGACGCAGGAUCUUAUUGCAAGAUUCUUUGAUGUCUUUGAAGGUUUCACUAUCAGCACAAUAGGUCGUAUCAUCAAAGACAAUGUUGUAGGAGCCACUCUGAUUAUUUCCCUUCUUAUAUGGAUUCCUUGCAGCUGUUUAGUACACUAUGUGGACAAGAAAAGGGCUAACGAGAUCAAGCAGAUUGACACAUGGUUACACCCAGCGAACCAAGAACGGAUAUUACCAGAGGACAAGCCUCGUGUUAGAAGAAGCCUGCAGGUGAUGUUAGAGAGCUAUGAAGGCAGAGAUACGGAACACCUUCUGCAAUGGUGGGAUAAAUCUACGGAGGGGGAAACUCGCCCUGAAGCUGAGGAAUCAUUGUGAUUAUGCCUCAAUUCGACAAGUUUCGUUCCCUGGAAUAAAAAUAAUAAAAGAGAACGUCAUAUUGACUACUAAUAAUUGUUAUCGUAGUCCUGUCUGCAUGGUCAGAGACGGAGAUCAGGGGUGUACCCCUCUCGGAUUGGCAGAGAACAAAAUAAUAUAUGACAUGUUCAAAGUUCAUGCUCAUCACCAGAACAACUUUUUGAAUUGGAAUAAAAGUCGAUUUAAGUCUUGGAUUUGCCAGUAAUGAUUAUAAAAUGCGCAAAUAUUCCUACUUUUUUUCCUGUAUACUAGGGCUUUUUUUACAUCAUAGAUUCGCCAAAAAGUACUUGCGAAUUGCGUGGGAAUAUGCCUUCCUCCGUCUUUGAAAAGUGAAUUCAAAAACACAGAUUAAAUAGAAUAUCAAUAAAGUUGUGUUUGUUUGUUUAUUUGUUUUGACCCGAUAGUAUACGCUCAGCUUUUUGAGUAUUUACUUUUUAAUUUUCUGUCAGAAGAAAAAAAUGUAUACGAGAUAUAUUAAUUUCUUAAUCAUGCGAUGUUUCGACAUAAUGUCCAAUAGAUUUCAUUAGAAUAAAAAAUUAAGGUAAAUUUGUAUCUUAUUAUAUUGGUCACGGAUACACGAAUCAGAAUACAAACUUCCUUUUUUAAAUAAAAUGAUAUUAUUUUAUUAGCUAUGAAAUUGAUUGAACACAGCUGGUUAGAGUGGACCUGGCCUUUAAAUCAAUCAUUAUUUCAUUAAAAUCACGAUAAAAUUGGAAAACAUUUUGUUAAAUGUUACAUUAAUUUUGUACGUGCCUAAUUUUUUUAAGCUUUGCUUUUCCAUUUUCAAUCAAUAAAUAGCGUUCGCUUAUCAAGUUUGUUCAAUAGAAUGUUUUUUUUUAAUCUUCCAAUGCUUGUUAGAAAUGGCAAGGAUAACUUAUUUCCUAAUUAGUUAAAAUGUAUUGAUUGAUUUUUGUAUUUGUAUAUUAGAGCAACAUAUUAAUAGAAACAAAUCGGUCUUCUGUAUUAUAGGCAUAUCGUCAUCAUCAUCAUCAUCAUCAUAAUCUUUAUCACCGUUGUCGUCGUCAUCAUUAUCGUCAUCGUUGCCGUCAUUAUUAUCAUGAUCAUUGUAAUGAUAUUAGUUUCAUUUCAUUUUGUAAUAUCAAUUAAAGAACGUUUCGUUGGUAUUCAAAAAGUUUGAAAGGAAUAGGUGAAUUUAAUUAUGUCGGUGAUAGCUGACUAAAAUAUCAAUGUGGACUCGGUGGACCCUUAAGGACUCAUGUCUUAUGGAACAAUCUCCUAAUAACUCAUUGACAAAUUUGGCAUUGUCUAUUCUCUGAAGAGGGUAAAAUCGAUAUAAAUAAAUUCAUGUUGUUCUUAUAACAAUAGUAAGCAAAAUACAAACAAACCAAUUCCCUUAACAAACUGUGUUACUGCAAAGAAAAACGAGUUUUCUUCUUAUGUAUGACAUAACAAUACGUACAGGCCCCGAAUAAUAGAAUUAUUUGUUUUCAGGCAGUAUUUUACCAUAUCAAAUUAAUUAUAAUCUUCCAGUAGCAUUAAUUUUAACGAUUUGCUAAAUGUCUUACGACUGGGGAUGUUUCUAAUAUUACUUGGCAGGAGAUUCCAUAAAGUAGGACCAGAAAAUGAAAUUGAUUGUUUUCCCAAGUUGGUAUUAUUUUUCUCAAGAUUAACAUUUCGCUUUUCUCUAUUUCUUGUAUUGUAAGGAUGAUCUAUAAAUGAAAAAUAAUCAAUAAAACUAUGUGGCAACCGAUUAUUAAUUAAAUGGUGCAUAAAUACUCCUAUCAAAUAUUGGUAGUGUUUGAAAAUAUCGAGAAUAUUUAGAUCAUAAAAUAAAGGAGCAGAGUGGUAA